CGGGGGCGACGCCUCCCCCAUGCCGCCCUCCGGGCUGCGGCUGCUGCCGCUGCUGCUGCCGCUGCUGUGGCUACUAGUGCUGACGCCUGGCCGGCCGGCCGCCGGACUGUCCACCUGCAAGACCAUCGACAUGGAACUGGUGAAGCGGAAGCGCAUCGAGGCCAUCCGCGGCCAGAUCCUGUCCAAGCUGCGGCUCGCCAGCCCCCCGAGCCAGGGGGAGGUGCCGCCCGGCCCGCUGCCCGAGGCUGUGCUGGCCCUUUACAACAGUACCCGCGACCGGGUGGCGGGGGAGAGCGCCGAGCCGGAGCCCGAGCCUGAGGCGGACUACUACGCCAAGGAGGUCACCCGCGUGCUAAUGGUGGAAAACACCAACAAAAUCUAUGAGAAAGUCCAGCGUACCCCGCACAGCAUAUAUAUGCUCUUUAACACGUCGGAGCUCCGAGAAGCAGUGCCCGAGCCCGUCUUGCUCUCCCGGGCAGAGUUGCGCCUGCUGAGGCUCAAGUUAAAAGCGGAGCAGCACGUGGAGCUGUACCAGAAAUACAGCAAUAAUUCCUGGCGCUACCUCAGCAACCGGCUGCUGGCGCCCAGUGACACGCCGGAAUGGCUGUCCUUUGAUGUCACUGGAGUGGUGCGGCAGUGGCUGAGCCAUGGAGGGGAAGUAGAGGGCUUUCGCCUCAGUGCCCACUGUUCCUGUGACAGCAAAGAUAACACACUGCAAGUGGACAUCAACGCAGGGUUCAGUUCCAGCCGCCGAGGUGACCUGGCCACCAUUCAUGGCAUGAACCGGCCUUUUCUGCUCCUCAUGGCCACCCCGCUGGAGAGGGCCCAGCACCUGCACAGCUCGCGGCACCGCCGAGCCCUGGACACCAACUACUGCUUCAGCUCCACGGAGAAGAACUGCUGCGUGCGGCAGCUCUAUAUUGACUUCCGCAAGGAUCUGGGCUGGAAGUGGAUCCACGAGCCCAAGGGCUACCACGCCAACUUCUGCCUAGGGCCCUGUCCCUACAUCUGGAGCCUGGACACGCAGUACAGCAAGGUCCUGGCCCUGUACAACCAGCACAACCCGGGCGCGUCGGCGGCUCCCUGCUGCGUGCCGCAGGCGUUGGAGCCCCUGCCCAUCGUGUACUACGUGGGCCGCAAGCCCAAGGUGGAGCAGCUGUCCAACAUGAUCGUGCGCUCCUGCAAGUGCAGCUGAGGCCCCGCCCCGCCCCGCAGGCCCCGCCCACCCGGCAGGCCCGGCCCCGCCCCCGCCCGCUGCGCCGGGCUGUAUUUAAGGACACCGCGCCCCAGAGCCCUCUGGGGUCGAUUAAAGGUGGAGAGACAA